AUGAUUUAUUCUAAUGAGAAUCGUUUGAGUGGUCAAUAAUCAAUUGACUAAUAAACUAUUUAAAAGGAAGUUUACAGUUUUAACUAUUAUGAAGAUAGGAUGGAGAAAUUAAAAAUUCAAAUCAAGUUCACAUCAGAUUAAUAAAUCAUAUAUUCAUAAAAUCAAGCAAUUUUGAGAAUGUAAAUUUUUUUUAUAAUUUAAAACAAAGAGUAUAAGGCAAUAAUGUUCUUGAAAAACCAGAAAUGUUUAAAAAUAUAGAUCAAAUCCACAAUCUUUUAUGGAAAGGUUAGUAUGGUAAAAAAAAAGAUGGAUGGUUAAUGGAUUGCUUUUUGGAAUAAAGUACUUAUAAAGAAUGUAGGAGGAUAAAGAUAACUUAUUUUAAAUAUUCUAUACUAUAAGGAAGGGUAAAAGUAAGGAUUAUGGAAAGAUCUAUUCUUAAACUAUUAGAAGUGAG